AAUUCUCUUUUUUUAUUUGUCACCCUCUCUAACUUUUGAAGUACAAGCAAAGAUAACUAGAGCUGUUGCUCCCUACUUAUCCAUCAUCAUCGUCAUAAUCAUUCUUCUGAAAUCAAUACUUUCGCAACCAUGCAGACACCAUCCACAGAUUACCACUCCAAUGUCGAUACGUCGCGGCCAUUUUCCUCUGUGAAAGAAGCUGUGGCCGUGUUUGGAGAACGCUUUCUCACCCCUGCAGUCUACUCUCCCAAGCCCUUCUCUUUUCCCAAACAAGAAAGCUCCAAUUCCUCUUCAUGGAAUUUCUUCACGCCAACCCCUUCGCCUACUUACUCUCAUGCAUCGAAACAGACCGCGUGGAAAGAUAGAGAUUCGGAGGCUACACUGGCGGAGACCAUAAAGAAACUCGAGAGUGAGCUGGAAGAGACCAAGGAAGAAGUGAAGUUGUUGAAAGAAAGGGAGACGGAGAAUGAGGUGGCUCUGGCUUCGUUGAAUGCAGAGCUUCACAAGAACAUGUCAAAGAUUGCGCAGGCUGAGGCGAUGGCGGCUCGGAAGGCUGCAGAGUCUGGGGGAGAGGGUGAGGGUCAGAGCAGGAGGGAUGGGAUUGUGAAGAUGGGGAGUUCGCCAAGUUUGAGUCAGAUACUUAGUUUCUCUCAGGAAGAGAAAGAGGAGUUAUUUGGAGGGAGAAAGAAAGAGAGGAAGAGUAUGAGGAAAAAGAAGCCUAUUAUUCCUCUUGUGGGAGACUUGUUUUGGAGGAAGAAAGGGUCAUCGACUAGUGUUCUUAAUCCUAUUUACUCAUCUCCGAGUGUUCACUGGAAUUAAGGGUCUAGAAUCAAGCAGCAGCAACAGCAGCUGAUUUGAUGAUCAAGAGGGGCUCCACAAAUGUUUUUAGUUUCGUGUGAUUUAUGAUGGUGGUGUAUAUUGUGUCAAGAAUUUGUGUUUUCUUCAGUGAUAAAUCUGUUUCAAAAGUUUAGCUAUCAAAGUUAUCUAUAACGUCCUCAGGAA